AUGCCCAACGACGCAGACAUGCCUGGGCAAGACAAUUCGGAGGAGUCCCAGGGAGUCGACGUGCUGCCAGACGUCACAGAUGAGGAAGUCGAAAAGAUGAAGCUCGACGAAUACAGUAAGGAUGGAAACGAAGAUCACUCAAAGGCCUCGGGGAAGGAUGGGAAAAAUGGAGAUGUCCGCUCGAAGGGGUCGUCCACCGACGGGCUCCCUCCCGCUACUGGAAAAAACAAGGAGUUUUUCAAUUCCAUUUCUUCGAAGGAAGGCAAGAAAAAGCAGGAUGAUGCUUCCAGCCGUCAGGGCUAA